AAGGCUCAGUUUUGCCCGAGUUGGCGUGGUUUAAGCAAGAGAAAGACGGUGAGGGCGACGACAUCGACGACGAGUAUUUAGUCAAACCAGUAGAGGGGGAAAAGCGGACUCGAUCGAGUGAUCAAAGGGGAAACGUUGAGUACGCGUGGAGAUGGUUUACUUGCCGGCAAACCGGGGACGAGCUGAAUUCUGAAUCAUACACGAAACCGCAUCAUUUAAGACCAUUUACGAGUCUGAGAAAGAGACCUCUUUAAUCAUGGCCAGAACCUGAUUUCUAGUGAGAAGAAAGAGCAUCGUUUCGAAUUCAAGUCAGUGUUUCUUCCAAAAGUUCCUUGUGUGUGUGUGUGUCUGUCCGGAAUUCGACGGAAGUUGAUUGACAGGCGCAAGAAACGUAUUCGAAUGCAUUGUCUGGAGGAACCUGAUACGACCAUUAUAAAGAAUUUGAUGUAAAAGUUGCCUUCAUUUCCUGCCGUGGAAAGUUCCGUUAGUCCACCGGUCUAGUGAAACGUGCUCCUUCCUGUUCAAUGAUUAUGAUCAUGUCUUACGAGAUUUCGAGUGACUUCAACGCUACCAAGUGAAUCGGCAAGAGAUUAACAAUUGAUAGGGAUAAAAAGGCUGCUUUAAUUAUUUUUCUGCGACGCACCAUGAACGGACACGAACGUUCGCAAAGGGCGUUCUUGGCCUGGCAGGCUCUUUUUCUGACCUUAACAAGCCCCUUUUGCUCGGGGAAUGACCAAUUUCUGAGCCUUCGAGCGACGUGCUUGCCCGACAAAAUCACAAUUUCAUUGCAAACUCAAGACCCAUUCGAUGGGCUCAUCUACAGCCGAAACUUUCCCUCCACAUGUCGAGUGGCCGGUAGUCAGCAAAGCCCAGUGACCACUCUAAUCAUGGAAGCGGAGAGGUGUGGCAUUCAGACUCGAUCCCAUGUACGAGAAGUGGAUUUAUACGUUCAACAAGAUCCCAUCUUUCAGCAAGUGAUUGAUGAGCAAUUUCUGAUUCAAUGCAAACCUGGAGUUGAGGAAGGAAUCGUUCAAUAUCGGAAUAGCAAGAACCCGAGCCAAGAGAGCUUCUCCCGGGAUGUGACCGUAGUGUCCAAGUUCGUGGGUCGGAGUAGUAAGAAGCCCCUAGGUUUACUCCGCUCCCUGAUUCCGUCAUCGGUGUCUAGCAUUUUUCAACGCCGGAUGGGCGAGGCGGCCCAAGAACAACCACCCGAACAACCUUUCUUUGCCAAUCUCAUCAAUACCAAGCUUGACGUGAUUGCUGACGCCCCCGUUUGGGUGGAGAAACCGGAGCCUCUGGAACGGAACUCUCGAUACCACAGUCGAUCGAGCCCUUCUCCUCCUUCUCCAUCUCCAGUGCAUGUUGCCAAGGAAAACAGCCAGAGAAUGGGCUGGAUGGAGUUGGAGCUAGCUCAAGACGACCGUUAUCCACGCUCGGGUGAGGUCGCCCAAUUGGUGAUGAGGUUGAAACAAUCCGGAAGCCAUGACACCAUGGUCAGUAAUUGCGUCGCUCACUCCGGUAAUCCUCAUAACAAGAAGAGUAAGGAUCUGACGGACUUCCGAGGCUGCUCUCUGGAUCAGUCGGUCAUGUCCGAUUUUCAAGCGGCUUUCAACUCUCGUACGGGUGUGAAAGUGGUCCGAGCGGAGUUUCCAUUGUUUAGAUUUCCUCGCGAGAACUAUCUCCACAUUAAGUGCAACAUCUUAGUGUGUAAGAAGAAUUGUCCGGUGGCCAAAUGUCAAGAUUCCACCUUUGACCAUGAGCCCCAAGAGGAGUUCACCAAAGUCAGUAUUAUUGACAAGUUCAUGCUCGAAACGCAAGCUAAGAUUCAACAAUCAAUGAUUCCUCUUCAAACACCCCCGUUGUUGACAAAGCAGAGCCCGACAUUGAUUCGAUUGCAAGAUAUAACUCCAGAAACAGCGGAAACCCCCGCAACCACCGUCAAAGAGGUUCAAGAGCCCGAUCGGCUCACCCAGGAGGACAUCCAAGAGGUUCAAGACACUGUCGUGGAGCAGAAGCUCCUCGAAACGGAUGAUGAUGAAUCGCUUCUCUGUCUAUCUCCCUCACGAUUAGCCUUAGCAUUCGGACUGCUUUUGGUCGUGUUAUUGGUGGCCUUAGUGUUCUCGUGCAUUCUUUGGAUGAGGUCAAAGUCCUUCUUCCGACGAUCCAAGGCCGUACCUCCUCCUCCUUUGAUUGCUCGUUCGGCGGGUAAUUUAGCUCCACCCCCGGGCACCCUGAGACGCGGUCCGCCUCUUCUGUUUCCCAAUCGCGGCCGAAUGCCGCCUUAUAUUCGAGUUCUACAAUAAGACAAGCUUGUGAUAUGCUCCAUAUAAAUCUGAAGAUCAAUAUUGCCUUGUUCUCUACAUCCUGAGAAAAAUAAAUUCCUUCCUGGUCAUUGUUACUCAGCAAGCCACCACCUUCACAAC